CUGACGGCGGAUCAAGUUGAUCAUUUCCGCGAGGCGUUCAAUCUCUUCGAUACUGAUGGAGGCGGGAGUAUUGAUAUCGAGGAGCUUGGUUCAUGUUUGCGAUCCCUGGGACAGAAUUUGUCAGAGAAGGAGCUGGCAGACAUGAUCGCCGAAUUCGACAAGGACAAUACCGGUGCCAUCGGCUUCGAAGGAUUCCUGGAAAUGCUU